UUGUGUCCCUAUAAAUCCAUUUCCAGGCACGCCCGUGUUAUCUCGGCUCGAUUCAGCUACACACCAUCCAGUUCGACGUUGUUUGCUCUCUCACCACUGCUACAGUACACGAUCCCUGAGAAUCUCGGCCUUUUCGUAGCGUCGUUGAACGAUUCACAACUACGGAAUGAUCCACGACUUGCCGGCUUCAAUCCACAACUGGCACGUCUUCAAACUGCCAUCGGCAACAUGCUGCACCUCAUCGAGAGCGAUCCGAAAUGGUUCGAGAAAGUCAUAUCGGUGCCCCGGCCAGUGGAUACCGACGUUGUGAAGGAACUGUCGGCUUUAGAGCCAACAGUCCGGCCACUCCCUCUCAUGGGACUAGUGGAAGAGCAGCCAGUUCAGGAUGAUUCUUCGGCCGAUUCUGCGUUCCACAGUGCGACAGCCGUGGAAGAGAUACCGCCUGUACGCGAGGUGCUGGACAAGCCACGGUUAUCAGAUCGUACCCGGAGCGAUUCGAUUCAUUUGCAUGGUGAAAUGGUUGCGGUGAUCGAACCGCUAGGCGAGAAACAUCAACAAGCCAACAGCGACGACUCAGGAAUGGUCAGUGAUCUGACCAGUGGCCAAUUGUCCACCUAG